ACAAGCAUUUUGUCGAAACGGUGGGAGUAUCUUUGCCCAAACUUAGGUAUGGUCAUAGACAUUGUUCUGUUCAGAACCUGAAUGCGAGAAGCUACAGUAUUUCCUUGACAGAAAUAUGCCAUUACAUAGAGCUCCGGUUAUCGAAAGCUUCCGUCUUAAAUUAACUAGCUCACGUUUUAAACCGGAGAAUAUCAAUUUGUGGGUUGCAAUAGCUGUUUCUCACUGCCUACGUGAGCUUGAGAUUUUAUACGAGUCUGAUCCUGAUAAGCCAAUCAUAUUGCUGAGUAGCUUGUUUACUUGCAAAUCGCUAGCGGUCUUGAAACUGGAUGGUGAUAUCCUCUUGGAUGUUCCUCGAAUGGUCUCUCUUCCCUCUCUCAAAACAUUGAAACUUGUAUCCGUGAGAUACUUCAGUGAAGAAACUCUUCUACGGCUUCUAUCUAGUAGCCCAAUUCUUGAAGAUCUAGUGGUUGAUUUACGUGAGAAUGACACUAUGGGAAAGUUGAUCGUUGCUGUCCCAUCUUUGCAGAGUUUGUCGCUCUAUAUACCCCGUGAUUAUGUUAUAGAUGGGAAUCUGAUAGACACUCCUUCUUUAAAGUAUUUCAAACUUAUGGAUCAUAAUUAUAAGAGCCACGACGGUUUGAUUGAGAACAUGCCUUACCUGAUCGAGGCUUAUGUGGAUUGUUGUCGCCCUGAUAUCAACAGUCUUAUUGGAUCAAUCACAUCUGUCAGGCGUCUUGCAAUAUGUUUAGAGACAAUGCUUGAUGAAGGUUUUGUCUUCAACCAGCUUGAACAUCUGGAGGUAUGUGUAUGCAAAGACCAUUCCCCUAAUCAACUUUUCAGGCUGCUCAAAGCUUCUUCUAACUUGCAAGGACUGCACCUUUUUUUCAUAGAGGAUGAUCAUAAUAAUAAUCCUCAUGGUAUGGAAGACUGGAAUCAACCAAGUACUGUUCCUGAUUGUAUGUUGUCUAGUCUGCAAAGUUUCAAAUGGUCGUUGUACACAGGAGAACCAAAAGAGAGAGAUAUUGUGGUUUACUUUCUGAAACAUGCCGUUCACUUAAAGACUGCAACAAUCAAGUCAUAUCAAUGGGAUGUUCCAAAAUUUGAGAUGUUAAAGGAGUUGUCACUUUCCUCGAGAGCUUCAACAGCAUGCCAACUCGUGUUCGACUGAGUCUUCGAUCUUUUAAAUUGGGUUUGUUCUUCGGUUUCUUGUAUUUGCUCGAGCUCAUACUCGUAUCG